ACACGGAAAUUUGAUGUUUGAUUGCUUCCUGCUUCUCGGUGCCCGAAUGACAUGAAAUAACACUUGGCUGCCGAACGCUCAGACUGAACGGUUCGGUGUUACCGUUCCAACAACGGGCAGGCGGGUCAGACAGACACCAGCACCCCGAAAAGCGAUUUUCAUCUGAAACAAGUGCGAGUGAAGUGUAAUCGACUCCACCGAAACCCACCUUAGCAGAAUCGAAGGGACUUCAAACGCGUGUGAGGACAUCCAUACACCUGUAAUGUUUACCCGUGGCGGACUGGCUUUGUUGAGCAGGGUCAAGGGCGAAUAAAACCAGGAAUCAAGAUUUUGUAUUCCUGCAACAUUCAACGUUAACUUUUUUUUUCCAGCGGCUAAAUUAAGCGGUGUUUCUUCUUUGUUCCUCGUAGUUUUUUGUUUUACUUUCAAGUGGCCUGUUAUCUCUGACUGUCAGAUCAGUUCCAGUGCUGCGCACCUUUCUGAGUUAGGGUGUCACGGUGCAAGGAUGGUGCUUUUCAGUGGGUCUCUGAAGGUGAAAAUCGGAGAGGCUGUGGAUCUGAAACCGACCCGAUGCGCUCUCAGACAUUCAAUAUCCAGCAAAAAUUACCAGUUGUUGGAUCCGUAUGUAAUGGUGAAGGUUGAUAAUCGGAGGGUCGGACAGACGGUCACUAAACAGAAAACCAGCCGGCCCACAUUUAACGAAGACUUCAGUACUCAGAUCUGGAGAAGCAGCGAGAUCGAGCUGACCGUUUUUCACGACACCCCCAUCGGAUACGAUGACUUUGUGGCCAAUUGCACCUUGCAGUUCGAGGAAUUACUGAAAAAUGGCACGAAAACCUUUGAGGGCUGGGUUGAUUUGGAGCCGGAGGGCAAGAUUUAUAUCAUGAUAGACAUGAAGGAAGUGACUUGCGAAGACCCUGAAGAACAAGUGAAAAACAAUGCAUCUCAAAGGGCGUUCAAGGAACGCAUGGUUUCCAGGAAACGGCAAGGUGCGAUGCGGCGAAAGAUUCACCAGGUCAACAACCAUAAGUUCAUGGCCACUUACCUGCGACAGCCCACAUACUGCUCCCACUGCAGGGAAUUCAUCUGGGGAAUCUUUGGCAAGCAAGGAUACCAGUGUCAAGUGUGUACAUGUGUGGUUCACAAACGCUGCCACCAGCUAAUUGUCACAGCAUGCCCCAGAAUAAAGAAGGACAAGAAAGCAGAGCAGGUAUGUGAACAAAGAUUCAGCAUCAAUGUGCGUCACCAGUUCCAUGUCCACAACUACAAGAAGCCAACUUUCUGUGACCAUUGUGGCUCUCUGCUCUAUGGGCUAAUGGGGCAAGGAAAACAGUGUAAAGUUUGCAAAAUGAACAUUCACAUUCGCUGUGAGAACAAUGUGGCCCCAAGCUGUGGAGUGAACUCUGUGGAGCUCGCCAGGAAGCUGGCAGAGAUGGGACUCAGUGCAGGGAGCAUAGCUACUCUGAAGAGGAGGCAGACGAGGCAAAGUCAUAAAAACCAUAAAGAAGACCAGGCCCUGGGUGAGACGCCUGACAGCAAUGACAAGGACAGCCAGCGAGUGCAACGCAAACUAAGCAUCGACGAUUUCACCUUCAUCAGUGUUCUAGGGAAAGGCAGCUUUGGGAAGGUAAUGCUGGCAGAGUUCAAAGGCACAGAAGAUGUGUAUGCUGUGAAAAUACUGAAGAAAGACAUGAUUCUGCAGGAUGAUGACGUGGAGUGCACAAUGACAGAGAAAAGGAUCCUGUCACUGGCCAAAAACCACCCGUACCUCACACAGAUCUUUUGCUGCUUCCAAACUCCGGACCGGCUUUUUUUUGUGAUGGAGUAUGUAAACGGGGGAGAUUUAAUGUUCCAGAUUCAACAAGUGCGGAAAUUCGAUGAAAUCCGUGCCCAGUUCUACGCUGCCGAAAUUACCUCAGCACUCAUUUUUCUGCACAAUAAGAAAGUUAUAUACAGAGAUCUGAAACUAGAUAACGUCCUGUUAGAUUCUGAGGGGCACUGCAAGCUGGCUGAUUUUGGAAUGUGCAAAGAGGGCAUCUACAGUAAUUACACAACGGGGACCUUCUGCGGCACACCUGACUACAUUGCUCCAGAGAUUUUGCAGGAGUUGCAGUAUGGUUCUUCGGUGGACUGGUGGGCACUCGGUGUCCUGCUGUACGAGAUGUUGUGCGGACAGCCCCCAUUUGAAGCUGAAAAUGAAGACGAUCUAUUUGAAUCUAUCCUGAAUGAUGAGGUCCUUUACCCUGUCUGGCUGAGUGAGUGGGCAAUGGCCAUCCUGAAAGCAUUUAUGAUAAAAAAUCCUAACAAGCGGCUGGGAUGUGUCACAGGACAAGGUGGGGAGCAGGCCAUUUUGGACCACCCCUUCUUUCAAGGAAUCGAUUGGGAAUUGCUUGAACAGCGAAAAAUCAAGCCGCCAUUUAAACCAAGGAUUAAAACAAACAGGGACGUAAAUAACUUUGAUCGAGACUUCACUGCAGAGAAGCCUGUACUGACACCGAUUGAUGAGGCGCUUGUCCGCAUGAUCAAUCAAGAUGAAUUCAAAGGAUUUUCUUUCGUUGCUGAAGAUGCGUGUGCAUGAAAUACAAAGUCAUCAGUGAGGGGACAGUUUCAGAAAGCUAAGACAGUACAGCAUCGCAAAGCCCACCUCAAGCAAAUGGAUGGUGGGGCAGAAAGUUUAUACAGACAAUAUCCAUUAGCGCUACUGAAAUAAGAACUUGGCAUGCAGUUUAUAUUGAUUUUUUGUUUGUGCAACUUGUGAAACUGAGUGGGUUUGACUCAUUGUCCAUUAUCUUUCUACCAACCAGUCUUUUGAAUAUCAGAACUUAUGGUCAUCAUGAAGCAAUCAUUUACAAAUAAGUAUUGUUACAAUGGAUCAUUAAAUUAUGCAUCCUUCAUUUGCACUUAGCUGUUUUGGUAUUUAAUUAGCUGUGUAUCUAUCAACAGAAACUGAAAUUUGCUAAUAGUAAGCAGUUCUACACUUCCGUAAAUAUAUUUGACUCUUUUCAGUAGAAAUCUCAAAUUUCCUUCUAUAGAAAGAUGUCUUCAGGGAUUGUCAUGUUCAUUCAUUGGGGUCAGGAGUGGGUGGGGAGGCAUAUCCUGCAAACUGUUUUACAUUGUAUUCUGCUGACAGCUUGAAGUAGACAUCAGAAGAUUUUGAUGCACUGUGGAAGAAUUUAGCUGUGGAAUGAAGAGUAUGAACUGUUUUGUGUAUAUAAGUUAUAGCUGUUGGCAAAUAAAUAUAAAAGAAUACAUAUUUUGUAUUUAAAAGGUUUAAGAUGCACCAGUUCUUGGAGUUCUACCAUUUGGGAGACAGGGCACAAAGAGGCCUUUCAGCCAACCUAGUCCACAUCAGCCAUCAACUACCCAUUUUCACUAAUCUUACAUUAAUCCCUUUUUUUUAAAAUUCUCCUCAUAUUAUCAUCAAUUCCCCGCAGAUUCUACGACUCACCUACGUACUUGGGGGCAAUUUAGAGUGACCAGUUAACCCAUCAACUCGCACAUCUUUGUGAUGGAGCACCUGGAGGAAACCCACACAGUCAUAGGAAGAACAUGCAAACUCCACACAGACAGCACCUGAGGUCACGAUUGAACCCAGGUAUUUGGCACUGUGAGGCAAUGGUCCUACCAGCUGUGCCAUUGCGCCAUCCUAAACAUAUAAUAAGAUAUUGAAAUUCUGAAAUAUCAUAGUAUUGUAUCUCAUUAUCAUGGAGUCAUAGAGUUGUACAGUACAGGAAUGGGCCUUUCAUCCCAUCAUGUCCAUCCCGAUCUUUUUGCCCACCUACACUAAUCCUAUUUGCCUGCAUUAGGUCAGUAUCGUUCUCUGCCUGCCUAAAAGUCUCCGGAACAUAGUGACUGUAUCUGAUUCCACCACCUCCUCAGGCAGCAUAUUCUAGCUAUCAACCACUCUCUGUGGGGAGAAAACUUUCUCCUCAAAUCCCCUUUAAAACUCCUUCUUCUCACCUUAAACCUAUGCCCUCUUGUUUUUGAUACCCCAUCUACUGGAAUAAGAUGCUGACUACCCUGUCUAUGCCUCUUAUAAUUUUAUACACUUCUUUCAGGUCACCCCUCAGCCUCCUUCACUCCAGGGCAAACAAACCCUGCCUAGCCAAUCUUCUCCCCAUAUCUAGUUCACCAAUCCAGGCAACAUCCUUGGGGAUUUCCUCUGCACUCUCUCCAAUGCAACCACAUCCUUCUUCUAGUGUGAUGACCAGAACUGCGCACAAUACUCCAAGUGCAGUCCAACCAGUCACAACAUGAUGUCCCAACUCUUGUAUUCUAUGCUCUGACCUUUGAAGGCCAGCAUGCCAUAUGCCUUCUUCCCCCAUCUACCUUGUGUUGAUAUGGACAUGAGCCCCAAGGUUCCUCUGUCCAUCACCAUCCCUUACCAUCCUACCAUUUUCUGUAUAUGUCCUAUCCUGAUUUGACUUUCCAAAAUACAUCAUUGUGACGUGAGCUUGCAUGGAAAGAGGUAUGAAGAAUGGUCCCUGCCUGUGCUUUUUACUCAGCACUGCUAAUGUCUAUACUGCUGACGUUCAGAUCAAUUGUACAUAGUUUAUGUCUCAUUAAAGUUGAUCAAUAUUUUAUAAAUACAAACCUGUGCUUACAAAUGGACAGAUUACAAAUUAAGUAGAAGUAAAUUAGCGAGCUUCUCCUCGGCACAUUGUUGAUUCUCCUCACUUACAAUAGGACUUUUAUUUCUACUGAUUCCAAAACGUGACCUCUACCAUCUAUAAUGACGAGGGCAGCAUCGCAUGGGAGCACUGCCUGCAGUUUCCACUCCAAGUCAGGCACCACUCUCACUCGGUAAAGAUAUUUCUUAUUUUUCACUGGUUCAAAAUCCUGCAACUCUACAUCUAACAAAGACUGCAGCAGUUCAAGAGAGUCCACAGCCAACUCCACGAGGAUAGUUAGGGAUGGAUAUUAAAUGCUGGUUCUGCCUUUGUCCUGUGUAAGAAUUGUUCUAAAAAAUCUGUGAUUAUUUUGUUGCACUGACUGCUGAUGAGCAACUCAUUAUAUUCCUUUUACACCAUGAGAUAAAGUUGGGAUA